AUGGCGCCGACAUCCCAUGCCUCCACUGCCUCGGACCAAGAUCAACCUACACUGGCAGACAUAGGGGCAGAAAUCAGGCAACUAGCAGCAACUAUGGUCACCAAAAACAGCUUGCAAACGUUGGCAACAACUCUCUCGGCCUCAAUCACAACGGCGGUCACGGUACUCCAGAAUGACUUGGACACGCAGAAAGGCCGCAUCCAAACGCUGGAACACCAGGCCCAAACUGCCCACCAACAAGCAACGGCCCCAGACACUGCUGUAGCUAGACAGGGCAACAUGCUCCUAGCCCUGAGGCGCCAAGUGGAGGAUCUAGACAACCGGAGCCGUCGCUCCAACAUCAGGGUCCGGGGCAUGCCUAAAUCAGAGGACGGGGAAAACGCAGAGGAACUCCUGACUGGACUGUUCCUCUUCAUUAUAGGAGCUGAUGCCUCGGCGAAGAUGAGAUUUGAUAGAGCCCACCGAGCCUUGCGACCAAGACUAAGGGAAGGAGACCCGCAAGAUAUUAUAUGCUGUCUCCACUCCUAUUCACUUAAAGAAAAGAUAAUGAGGGCAACCAGGACAAGAGACGCGUGGAGGUAUCGAGGUGCUGAGGUAUCCCUCUUCCAAGACCUCUCACCGAUGACCCUGGAGGCAAGGAGAGUACUGAGACCUGUCACAACGGUGCUGAGGGACAGAAACAUCCCAUACAAAUGGGGUUUUCCGUUUAGCCUCCAGACCCGCCAUCACAAGAGUGGCUGAUUGCAUGCUGACCUGAAGAAAUACCAACCUUCUUGCGCAGACUGGUACUCCAACCCAUCACUAUCUCAGAUUGGAUACUCAACCCGAUAGACCGCAAUGCACCAUCACAAGGGCUGCCUGGACGCCCCCGCAGGAGACCACGGGAGACCCGCCAGCACCUGACCCCCAACCUACCGACAGACCCGGAAGAGUAGACACCCGCCGGGGUCCCGGGAGAUGCCUCCCAAAGGCCACCCCCAGGGCGGACUCAGCACACACCCACAUCACCGCAUCAGCUACAACCCCCACGCAAUCUUCACACACAGGACCCAAUAAAGUACAUGCUCACACAAACCACACGGGGGCCCCAAUAAGAGAUUGGAACAGCUCCCCAUACGGGAGCGGAGGGAGCACGUCCCCAGUCAUUUCCGUCCCUAGCCCAGUCGUAAGGGACUGCCUGCGGCGCCCCGCCCGCUCAGGGCACAAUGAAACCACAACCACCUUAACCCCACCGCGCCAGGGAUCAGCGGCGCAAGUUACUAGCUCACCUCCCCGCCCAGGGAGAAAGGGAUGA